AUGCCUGAACCAGGACAGCGGGCUUCGACCUUGAGCCAGAUCUCAGUUCCAAAGGGAGGAUCAGACGGUCGACCAGCCAGCAAAGAUGGAAAAAAGGAGCUCUGGUCGUCCAUGCUUCAUGCUGGAGCCAGCGGGAAAAGGUUGCCAGAAAAGACAUUAUUAGUCCUUGGAGGCACCCCAGAGAGCCAACGGGAGUUUCUUGCGACACUAUCUACCGAUCAUACUGAGCCUGGACUACCUUCGGAGCGGCGGAAACAAAAAGCACCCCCCAUUGCGAACCAGUUUGCGCUUGGAUACACAUAUCAGAAUGUCCUUGAUGCUGAGCAGGAAGACAUCCUUGCCAGAAUAUCGAUCUACCUGCUUUCAGAACCAUCGGCUUCCUAUGCUCCCCUUCUCCGACCAUUGAUCAACCCGAAAACUGUUCCUGAGAUGUUGAUAGUGUUUCUUCUAGAUUGGGAGAACCCGUGGACAUGGGUUAGACAGUUGCGAGACUGGGUCCGGCUACUGCGCUCUGUUUUAAUAUCACUGGAUGACGAGACAAAAGUAGUUAUGGAAGAGGUUAUGACCGACUGGAAAGAUCGCAGGAGAGGGUUAGACCCUUCACAUGUUGCCGGUGAGUGGGAUGAAGGGCUAGGUGUUCCUACAUGUGUUGUUUGUCAAGGAGCGGAGAAGAUCGAGCAGCUGGAGAAAGAUCAUGGAUGGAGAGAAGAAGAGUUCGACUUCAUACUACAGUUCAUGCGAACCAUACUUCUUAAGCAUGGAUCGUCAUUAAUAUACACGACGCGAUUCUUGGCCAAUUCUCUGCAAGGUCUAAUACAGUCCUCAUUGGGUAUCCACUCACUUCUUAAACGGCAGUCUCUUAAACACAAUGUUAUCGACAGGGACAAGAUAUUAGUACCUUCAAAUUGGGAUUCAUGGGGCAAGAUAAGGAUUAUCAGAGAAGGAUUUAAUAUUGAAGGUGUUGGCACGAGCUGGUCUAUUGAAAUACAAGAACCUCCGGAAGCUUUUAAACGACCUAGCCCCGGAGAUAAUGAAGAGGUCAGGGAGCGAGAGGAACCAGAAUCUGGCACCAGUGCCGUGGCUAUUUAUGAAAACAUCAUUAAGGAUCCCAAAGGCGGUGCAUCCAUUUCCCGCGCCUGGCAGUCUGAAGGCAGCCCGAUCGAAGUGACAACAAUUGAUACUCAGGAGUUCUUAACGGAGCAGGUCGAGGUGCUUGAACAACUUAAGGCAGAGGAUGAGAAACAAGAAAGACAGAUGCGCAAGGGAGGAGGUAUCAUCAAAGACUCAGAAAUGAUGAUGGGCAUAGACGACAUGAACCGAGUAAAUGAACACAUUGGGCCCGUCCAGUUUAAUAUGGGAGGCAUUCAAGUUGAUGCCGAUGAUAUGUUGAGGAGACUAAGAGAGAGGGAAGCUACUCGUGCAUCCAUGAGAAGCGGCUCUGUAUCACCAACACCACCCGGCGGGCCAACAUCUCCUGGAAUACCACCUAUCGGACUAUCUAGUGACGGAAAGCAUGGUAAUGAAGGGCUAGCUACUUUCUUUGCAGGACUAGUGAAGAAGUCUAGUAGCCCAAGAUCAAACGCCGCCUCCUAG